AUAUGAUCAAUUUCCGUUUAAGACAAAUAAGAGGCUGAAAUAAUAUUAAAUAUCUAAAAUAUCCCUGAACCCCAAUUCCUCGCACGUCUCUAAUUUGCUUCAACCUGAAGAGCUCGACCAUCAAUCAGUCGGCUUUUGAUCUGGAGUGCAGGAGACUACAAAUCUGAGUGCACGCUGCUAUGGAUCUGGAGUGCAGGCGGCCGUCGAUCUCCCUUCGUCGAUUGAAACUUUGAAGAUGUCUUCUGCCUCGACUUCUUGAUUCACAACGAGCUCGGACUUCUCCGAAGGUGAUAAAUCAACAUCCGUCAAGGAAGCAGGCAUUAAAACCGAUCUGAGUGCAGCUAUGGAUCUGUGUUACCCUCUUCGUUGUCGAUGGGCUGUAAGUCUGUAACUCCAUCAGGUGUUGAAUCAUGUUGUCGUCUUCUCCCUAUCGGUCCGAGGAAGGUGAUUUGGCAGGUGAUUUGGCAGGUGAGGCAGAGUACAUUGCAGCUACUGGAGGAGCAUGCCAGGGAAUUUGGCUCACAAAAUUGCUGAACAACUUAAAUGAAGAAGCAAAGAGCAAGCCAUUGUUGAAGGUUGAUAAUAAAUCAGCAAUAGCCUUAGCUAACAAUCAUGUACAUCAUGAGCGUAACAAGCAUAUAGAUACAAGAUUCCAUUUCAUCCGGGAAUGCAUUGAAAAGGGAGCAAUCAAACUGCAGCAUGUUAGAACAGGGGACCAGCUAGCUGAUAUACUAACAAAGCCACUUGGAAGACAAAGAUUUUCAGAGCUCAGGUCAAAGAUUGGAGUGCAGUUCAUAACUGAGGGGAACAAGUUUAAGGGGUGAAUGUUGGAAGUAAACUUGUCAGUUAAAUUAGUUACCUAUUAUUAUUAUCUAUUUUACUACAUAUGUAAUUAGGAGAUAAUUAGUAGGAUAAGUUACUUAAUAUAAGUGGUGUACGUGGGUUGUAAAUGGGAGGUUUUUUCAUCCACUUAGUUUAACCAACUCCACCCAUUUUUACGUAUAAAAUAAGGUGUGAGAUGGGUGCAAAACUAAGACGGUUUUUCCUCCUUCUUUACAAGAUAUUAUCAACAUACUUAAUGAAAGUUUAGUAUUCUACAUUGCAUGUA